AUGUCGGACAAGGCCAAUGCCUCAUCGACCGCGACGCCGUCGCAGGACGGCAGCGGCACCGGGGCUUCUGCUUCACCCUUCAAGGUCUACAGUCCGGGAGAGCGGCCCGACGAGAACAGAGGCGGCGAGAUCUUGACCGUCUGCAUCGUCCUCACCCUUAUGGCCAUGGCCAUCACCAUUUUGCGUGUUUACGUGAGGAGAAAGUUCCUCAACAAACUCUCGUUGGAUGAUUAUUCAAUGAUUAUGGCAACGGUCACACUCAUGGCCAUGACUGGAACUGUCUUCGCCCAGGUAUUCAACGGUGCCGGCCGACAUAUAGAGUAUAUACCACCCGCGGUUGUGGUCCGGGGCUUGCAGUACAAUUUUGCGUCUCAGCCCCUGUGCCUCAUCGCCCUAGGCUUCGCCAGGAUCAGCGUCUCCUUGUUCCUGAUCCGCCUCGCCAACUCCAAGAAGUACAAGUACAUUCUAUGGUUCCUGAUCGGGUUGACGGUCGUGCUCACCCUUGUUGGAGUGUCUCAAACACUCCUCCAGUGCCGCCCCAUGGCCUACGUCUGGGACAAGUCCAUCCCGGGAGGCACGUGCGUGUCGACCGAGUACCUCGUCUACUCGUCAUACGUCAGCUCGGCGCUCUCAUGCACGUCGGACUUUAUGCUCGCCUCGCUGCCCAUCUUCAUGCUGCGCAACGUGCAGAUGAACCGGCGCGUCAAGGUUGCCGUCAUCGGCAUCCUCUCGCUCGGGUACUUCACGGUGGCGGCGGCCAUCGUCAAGACCAUCUCGCUGACCAAGUGGGGCCUGCUGGGCGACUACCUCUGGGACACGGGCGACAUCACCAUCUGGUUCACGGCCGAGAUCUCGGUCGCCAUCGUGGCCGGGUCCAUCCCCUGCCUCAAGCCGCUGUUCAAGCGCAUCCUCGACUCGACCCGCCGCUACGGCAGCGGCGGCAAGUACGGCAGCGGCCGGACCCCGCCCGGCUACGUCUGCAGCUGCGGCAAGCCCGCGCCCCCGGACGCCUACAGCUCCGGCAGCCGCCAGAAGGGCAGCGGCAUCGUCGGCAGCAAGCAGCUGAGCAACAACACCAUCGGCUCCACCGGCAAGAAGCGGCGGACCGCCGACCCCUACGACGCCGAGGACUACGACGGCUUUGAGCUGCAGGUCUCCCCCGGCGCCGCGCCCAACGGGCCCAGGCGGAGCGCGAGGGACCUCGAAGCAGCAGCAGCAGCAGCCGCCACCGCCGCCGCCGCCGCCGCCACCGAUGGCGCCCUCAACAUCACCAACAGCGACGGCGUCAAAGCCAGACGCUUGACCAGGAUCGGCCCCUCGCUCGCGGUGAACGAGACGUCCGUGACGAGGGGCCGAUACUCGGACGAGGACAUCAUACUCCAGGGCACCGACGGCAUAGUGAGGACGACGCAAAUCACCAUGACCGUUGACGACGCCAAGGAGAAGAGCGUGAGGGACAUGGUUUGA